UACCAGAGGGGAGAAAAUGAUAUACAACAAAGCUUUACAACCCUGGUUAAGUGAUAAUGGCUUGUAUCUUAAUGACUCCUCCUCCUCCUCUUCCUCCUCCUCCUCCUCCUCCUCCUCCUCCUCCUCCUCCUCUUCCUCCUCAGUCCUGCCUUCCUGUAGCCUAGAGGAAGCGACUAGUAAUAACAGCGAUGACAACUCAACGUGUAUUUCUCAAAGGAUUGACAGGGCCAGCCAGGUGGGGGCGCUGCUGGGGCGGGAGUGGGUGCGCAUCGUGGGCUUCUCCCUGAUCUUCGUGGUGGGCGUGGUGGGUAACGUGCUGGUGGUGGUGACUCUCCUACACCACCGUAACCUCCGCUCCCUCACCAAUGUCUUUCUGCUCAACCUGGCUGUCUCGGAUCUCCUGCUGGGGGUGUUCUGCAUGCCCUUCACACUCGUGGGUUCCCUUCUGCAGGAUUUCGUGUUUGGGGCCCUCAUGUGUCGCCUCAUUCCCUAUAUGCAAGCUGUCUCUGUCUCUGUCUCGGUGUGGACGUUGGUGGCCAUCUCUCUGGAGCGCUUCUAUGCCAUUUGUCAGCCUCUCCGCUCGCGCCGCUGGCAGACUGCUUCCCACGCUUACAAGGUGAUCGCUGGUGUGUGGGCGGCCUCCCUGCUUCUCAUGACCCCUAUCGCUGCCCUGUCCACACUCAUGCCCGUUCGCGGCGACCCAGGUCGCCACAAGUGCAGAGAGGUUUGGGCCAGUUUAGAGGUUGAGAGGACCUUCACCAUCCUCCUGACGGUGCUGCUGCUGCUGGUGCCCCUGGUAGUGAUGGCCGCUGCAUACCUGAGGGUGGUGCGGACGCUGUGGCUUGGUCCUCACCUGUCUGGCGCAGCGACGAGUGGUGACGGCUCUCUUCGUGGCGUAAAUACCCCUUCAGGAGCAGUACCAGAAGAAGAGAAUGGUGGCCCUCCCUCGCGCCUCUCCAGGGUCUCAGUAAGGUUUCGGCGUGGACCAUCACGAGUGGAGCGUGAGAAGGCCACGGGCAGCGGGCAGCAGCAGCAGCAGCAGCAGCAGCAGCAGCAGCAACAGGCUCAGGAGACCGUGGAGUCGAGGGACAACACACUGCAGGCACCAGCGACAACCCUUCUGCCUGCCUCCCGCCUGAGCCACGCCUGCUAUGAGGGCGGCGCGUCCCAGUCAGGCAGUUCUCAGCGGUGGGAGCCAGAGGGCAGCCCGCGGUGGCGGCCGCUGCGGUCGUCCCAGGCGCAACGCAGUCUGGUGGCCAAGCGACGCGUCAUUCGCAUGUUGUUCGUGCUGGUGGCGGAAUUCUUCAUCUGCUGGACGCCGCUCUUCCUGGUGAACCUGCUGUCCCUCUACAUCCCCCGCCAGGUGUACGCCGUCCUCGGCAGCUUCGGUGUGUCCCUGGUGCAGCUACUGGCAUACCUCUCCUCCUGCUGUAAUCCUCUCACCUACUGCUUCAUGAACGCCAAGUUUAUCCAGAGCUUCAAGCUGGCCUUCGCCUGCACCCGCCGCAGACCCUCAGUCUCGCUCCGUGGCGUGGCUAUCGUCAGCAGCUUCCACACCAUGGGCAUCAGUAACUAUCACCAGGAUCCCUCCCCUCGCAGACCCGUGCCGGGACUCUGCUCCUCCUCCUACAGGAACGGCGCCAUGCAUGACUCAGUCCUGCAGGGCACCGGCGUGUAGUGUGUGGUGUGGUGUGGUGUGGUGCGGUGUGGUGUGGUGUGGUGUGAUGUGGUGUGAUGUGGUGUGAUGUGGUGUGGCGUAGUGGUACCUGAAUAGGUCUUGCGUGACCUUAACGAAAGGGCGUGUGUCAGAACGAGCCGUGGGUUUGGUUAAGUGGUGGCCGCGUCGGGAGGCGCGUGGCACACUCCAGAGGGCCGCGCGGCGGUGAAGUUUACCCUCAUUAUGAAAAAGGGUCCUUGUAAUAUAGAGAGUGAAUAAUGACCUCUUACCGCGUCAACAGAAUGAAAGGCGCGUGAGAGGCGGCGUGAAGUGCGAGGCUGGGAAAGAAUUCAUUAAGUCUGGGAAAAUGUUGUGGCACUAAUUGGUACAGUUUCUAUGAGCUCCAUAAAUUUACUAGACUGGAAAAUUCUUGGUCCACGAUUCAGGGCAGGGCUGCCAGGCUGACACUGUGUAGGAACCGGUGUGAAGCGAGACGCCCGCACACCGCAGAGGAGGAAGGGUGUGGAGGCGGUGGCUGGAGGACUAGGACGGAUGGAUAUGAGUAUACGUAAUCUAAACUUGAUGUAUGAGAACAGGCCCGUGGAAACAAGAGAGAGAGAGAGAGAGAGAGAGAGAGAGAGAGAGAGAGAGAGAGAGAGAGAGAGAGAGAGAGAGAGAGAGAGAGAGAGAGAGAGAGAGAGAGAGAGAGAGAGAGAGAGAGAGAGAGAGUGUGUGUGUGUGUGUGUGUGUGUGUGUGUGUCCAGCUCAUCCUUUGAAGCGAGCAUUGCAACACAGCUUUCCCACCCUUCAAUGCCCAGCAAGGUCAUUUGGGGACGCUGGCUCAUUAAGGUUUUGACUCACACAGAUUUCCCAAGGCGCCUCCUCUCCACCCUCUCACGCCUCUGUAAACUGAUGACAGCGUUUCCUGAAAGUUGAGUUGUUGCGUCGGAAUUCGAAACCUCUGGCAUGUGUAGGUGAAUUUAGAAUAUAAGUUCCUGAUUCUCGUACACUGAUUUGGUCUUGGUUCUUUUUGGGUGGCUGAAUUUGAGUGUAUGUCUUUAUCUUUCCUUAUGGUGAGAGCGUUAGACUUCCACUGACCUGCUGGUGUGUGUUGUUACCAAUGAACUAAUAAAGAUAUCAUACAAACAACAAUACAAUGAUGAAAAUACUAUCAACCAAUCUUCAGACGAGGAAAGUAUAUAAAGUGUAGAUAAUAUAAAACAAUAACCAUACGUAUAUAUCAUACAAAUACACAGUGGAAAUGAAACUACAACUACUUUACUGUUUGUUAAUGAAAGCUUCACUCCCGUCACUCCCGUCACUCCCGACUCAUCGCAGCUCGUCCCGCCACACACCUGUUAGCCUGCUGGGAUGUGCAGGCCCGGCUGGAUGGAGUGACGGUGACUGAGUGACGAAGAGAGAGAACCUUUGAAUUCCAUGUUUUGCAUAAUGGAUAAAUGGAGGAAAAACCAAUUUGCAUGUGUGACUAGUGUUUUGCAUAAUGGAUAAACAGAACAGGAGGAAGAAGUGAUAUCAGUGUGUAUGACGAAUGAAGCCGUGUUCCGUAUGAUUUUAAGCAAAGGAAACAAACAAAGGUAAAUGGUUAUGGUGACUUGUACAGAAGAGGAAGGGGAAAACACUCAGACUUGUGACGAAAUGUAUAAAAGUGUAUUUGAUGAUUUAAAAAGAAAAUUAUGUGUAUGCGUGUAUGUAUGAUAUGUGAGGCCAUGUACAGUGCAGUUUAACGAAGAAAAAGAGAGAAGAAAGAAAAGAAGGAAGGAAAAAAGAAAGAAAGAAAGAAAGAGAGAGAAAAGAAAGAAGAAAGUAGCUAUUUGAAUUUUGAAUGAGGUGGUUGGACAUGGAUUGAUGGAAUAAUGCCACUGAAUU